AUGACGUCAUCGGGGGGUGCAUGGGAGGUGGUGGUAGACAAGGCCGUGCUGGAGUUGUCGAAGUACUUGGCAGUGACAACCGAUCCAUUCCUGCCGGACUCCCGCACUGCGCAGUGGAUGUUAACACUCAUCGACAAGAGCACUCUGCGUGAUGUUCUCGUAGAGCGCAACUACGGCAACCACUGCGGCAUGAUUGGCUGCUCGGGCUGCUGCAGGACGGCAAGACGGCGGCAGGGCGAAAUUAGUAACGAGCGUGUCAGCAGCUCCGCGGGCGGUGGCGGUAACAACAACAACGCCAAUGAAGAGAACAACAGGGAGGAGGAAGAGGACGAAGAAGAAGAAGAGUGGGAAAAAGAUGCGGCAGAUGCGUUUCGUCAGUAUGAAAGGUACCGCGAGCAGCGCACGCAAAAUGCAGUGGGUGAGCCGUCUAUUGAACUGGGAGCGACGAUGGCAGAUCGCUUCUGUUCGCCUGCAUGUGCGGAGGAAUUUCUGGCACUGAUGACAAAAGUGCCCUCAUCGCUUGUAUACGAACGAAGUGAUGUGAUACACGCUGUGGGGGGGCUAUUCCCUAACAUGAGCCUUGCGGCGCUUCACCGUCUUGCGGGGGCGGAGUCAACAUCUUUGGGAAACAUUUCUGAAAGGAACAUUCAACAGGAGGGAGGGGAAAGGCAGCAGCCGCCGUCAUAUCUUCCAAGUAGCAUUCCACUCCAUAACACAGCGGUGCAGGAGGCGUUGAGUUGCAUUCAGGCUGAGGGAAACAAAUGGAGUCGAGAUAUGAGGUGUGCGCAGGUCACAGAGAGUCAAGUAGGACAAAGGCGACACAUGCCUUUGCCUCUGAUGGUGUAUGACUGGUGCAUGACGAUAUCAACCGCAAGGACAAAGGCCAUCUUCGCCGUGUUAUGUCACAAGAGCAGUCUGCAUAAUCAUGUGUGGAAGGACAGUGAGGGUUUGGCAGGAAGAAAUCGCAGUGUGUAUGUGAAAUGUGUGCUGCCUAUCCGCAUGGCGUGCGUGCAGCGGGCGGAACAGGAGUUAUUGUCGUUGGGCGGAGAAGAAUUGGGAGGCGAGGACCCACCUUGUGUAGAUCCACAACUUCAGCAGCAGCGUCUUGCUCUCUUCGCCGCACAUGUCUUUUCUGCCGAUACAACCGCGGCACUCUCGCGCCUUCUCUUGUAUGAUGAGGGGACGUUGAGGCAGGCGUGGGGCGUAUGGCAGUCCAGCGCUCUGCUUACCAGUCUGCAGUUUCCCUUCGCGUUGCCGGGGGCUUUUGUUGCCGGUGGUGUGGCACCGCACGUGUUAUUUCUUGCGCUUGUGCUGUUGGCCGCAACAGGCCUUUGCGAGCCGACGGUGUGGGCGGAGUGGCUGCGGCAGGACGAAGACGGCAGCAACGCUCUUGACGAGUUGAUGGAGGCGUUGGGAGUCACCGCGGAGGAUCUCGCGGCAUGUGUGAGGGCCCUCGUGCUGGAAUAA